CCCCUGUGGGGACCCUGGGUGACACCGCGGAGGAAGGGGGCCGGGGCGUCAGGACAGUGACUUGUGAGAAGGUCACGCAGGGUGGCCCCGAUGGGCGGACAGCUGAGCGCUUCCGGCAGCUUCCAGAGCCUGCCAUGCACCACAAAUGCAGACUGGAUGUCGGCGCUGUGCCCCCUGCUCUGGGAUGUGCCCCUGCACCACCUGUCCAUCCCAGGGAGCCACGACACCAUGACCUACUGCCUGAACAAGAACUCGCCCAUUUCCCACACCCAGUCCCGGCUGCUGCAGCUUCUGGACAAGGUGCUGCCGUGUGACCGCCCCCUGGUGCUCAAGUGGUCCACCACCCAGGUGCUGAACGUCACGGAGCAGCUGGACACGGGGGUGCGGUACCUGGACCUGCGGAUCGCGCACAUGCUCGUUGGCUCUGAGAAGAACCUACACUUCGUGCACAUGGUGUACACGACCGUGCUGGUGGAGGACACGCUCACGGAGAUCUCAGAGUGGCUGGAGAGCCACCCCCGGGAGGUCGUCAUCCUGGCGUGCAGGAACUUCGAGGGCAUGACGGAGGACCUGCAUGAGUACCUGGUGGCCUGCAUCAAGAACAUCUUUGGGGACAUGCUGUGUCCCCGAGGGGAGGUGCCCACCCUGAGGCAGCUGUGGGCGCGCGGCCAGCAGGUCAUCGUGUCCUACGAGGAGGCGAGCGUCGUGAGCCGCCACGCGGAGCUGUGGCCCGGGAUCCCGUACUGGUGGGGCGACCAGGUGAAGGCUCAGGAGCUCAUCCGCUACCUCGAGCGCAUGAAGAGCUGCGGCCGCCCAGGCGGGCUGUUCGUGGCGGGCAUCAACCUGACGGAGAACCUGGCGUAUGUGCUCGGCCACCCGUGCGAGUCCCUGCGGAAGAUGACGCUGCCCCGCCUGCCGUGCCUGCGCGCGUGGGUGCGGGAGCAGUGCCCCGGGCCGGGUGCGCGCUGCACCAACGUCAUCGCGGGAGACUUCGUCGGGGCGGACUCGUUCGUGGGCGACGUCGUCGGGCUCAACGCGAAGCUGCUGCGCCGCUGACGCGUCGUCCUGCCUGCGGCGUCCCGUCCUGCGCCGGCCUCGGGCGCCCGCCUCACGGCCCGUGGGCGUCCCCGGCUGGCGGCGGCCCCGGCGGGCGGAGCGCGCCUGCCGAGGGGACCGUGGGGUGGCCGCGGGUGUCGCCUGUGCUGGGCCUCGGAGAGCGGCAGCCGGCGGCGCCCGUGGUCGCGGGACAGUCGGGUGCGGUCCCACGGGGGAGGCCGUGCAGCGGGGAGAGCAGCGCCCGCUCCGGGGCCGUGGGGCCUGUGCUGCCCGCCGCGCUGGGCUCCCUGGGGCCGCGCUGGGCUCCCUGGGGCCGCGGGGCCGUCGCGGGCCGCCGGAGGGAGCGCAGCCCCCGCCGCCCCGUCCCGGAGGCCUCCCGCCCGCUGCCCGCUGGCCCGUGCGCGGCGGGGACACCCGUGAGGGGCGACCGCGUCCCCCGCCCCCCCAGCUCUGGGCGUCCGUCCAUCCGUCCGUCCGUCCGUCGGCGCGUGCCCGUCUCUCGCAGGGCCGAGGACGCGGCCUCCCUGCUCGCUGCGCCCCCACGCCCGUUGGGCCCCGCACGCCCGCGGACACGCCCCGACCGCGUUGCCGACGCCCACGCGGACAAGGUCCCCGGGAGCGAGCACCGUCUCCCACGCAGCCGGGCGGCCCCUGAGCAGCGCCCCGCGGGCCCGCCGUGUGGAGCCGCAGGGCGCGAGUCCCCGAACCUUCCGUUCCCGAGUGCGAAGGAACGAGAGGUUCAGGCUGCAGCAGCGGGCGAGCAGUUCGGUCCCCGCGAGACCCGCGCGCCCUCAGCAGAACGAGCUUCCGCCGACCCCGACCCCGACCGAACGCUCAGCGCGCGUGGUGCCCGGAGCCCCGCGGGGACGCGGCGAAUACGGCCCCGGGACGCACGUGGGCGGGAACCGCCGAAGCGCGACGCGGACGCUCGAGCUAAGGCCCGGGGCUGGCAAGGCGGGGCGGGCGGCCGCUCGCGGCUGGGCGGCCACAAACACGCGGGACCGGGUGGCGGGGGCGCCCCGUGGGCGGGUGCCUGGGGCCCCAGCCGCCGCCCCCAGGUCGCCGCACGGCCCUCACCCGUGUGCGCUGUGCCGACGCGCCUUGUCCACGGAAACUCGGGGCUCAAGCGACUUUCUGCUGCUUGCCCCAAAACGGGCUUUCCCUGUGGCCCCGGAGGUGGGUGCACCCCCUUCGCUUGGGAAACGUGAAUAAUUACGUUUUUCUUCGGGCUGAGGCACCUCGGAAAUGCGCCCCGGGGGGGGGUGUACAAGCCCCCCGUUGGCCCAGCACUUUCUCCGGGUCAUGCACUUUGUUCAGAAAUCACUGUCGGCCACUUUAUUGUUAAUUAAAACACUGGAUGAGGGGACCCCCGGGUGGCUCUGCUUUAGUGUCCUCCUUCUGCCCAGGGCGUGACCCCAGGGUCCUGGGAUCAAGUCCCACCUCGGGCUCCCUGCGUGGAGCCUGCUUCUCCCUCUGUCUCUCUGUCUCUCUCUCGCUGUCUCUCUUAUGAAUAAAUAAAUAAAAUAUUUUUAAAAAGAAA